AUUGGUGGUUGGGUCCGUGCGCUCAGAGAUUCAGAGGAGGGGAAGUCUCCUCCUCCCCAUCCACUGUCGCCGGGAUACUGCUGCCAGAAGAACACAGCGCAGGGAGGGACUGUCUGGGUGAUGUGGAUGUAGACUAGGCUAUUGAACUGAACGUCCAUCCUCUCUGUAUGACACCAUGAACCCUGCCUCGGGCGGCGCUGCCGACUCCCGCAGCCAGCUAGACAAUAGCAACAGAAAGCAGCAGCAACAGCGCGCUUCCUCCCCGGCUGGCGGCAAAGACAUUGGAUCUAAAGAGACACCGAAAAGCAGCACUCUGUCAAAGAUCAUCACGUCAAAGCAGUGCGGAGGAGGGAGAGGCAACCGCGGCAGCUCCCCGGUCUCCACGGCAACCAGCAAAGACAGACUGUCUUCUUCUUCCAAAGGCGCGGCAAGCGCGGCAGGCGCGGCCCCUGUCCAGUCCGAUGGUGCUGAAAUCCAUACGUUGACCAGGGCGGCGGCGGCUGCUGGGAGCUGCAGAGGAGCGGCAGAGGAGCGUAGUAGUCCGUCUGAAGACUCGCGUUGUACUGAUAUAUCGUGUUUGAAGGGGGAUACAACACGGGUUGUUUCUGAUCAGCCUUGUUCAUCCAAAUCUCCUAAAUUGAAGAACAAUAACCCGAGAGGAGGGGGAGGAGAAGGCGAGGCUAGCAGCACAGCGACCGGAAACAAAAAGAGCUCCGGCAAGAGCAGUGUGGGCUGCGGCCCUGGCUUCUGGAGAGAGGGAUGUUUGCAGUCGGAGCUGAUCCAGUUUCACCUGAAUAAAAGCUUAAAGAAAGGAGGAGGAAAGAUGAAGGCGAAGACACCGUCUCCCCCGGAGCCGGUCACGGAAACGGUGGAACCAGAGGAUCUCUCCCCUGAGGCCAUCGUUAACGAGCCCGAACCGGUACCUGAGCCCGACCAGCUAUUUCAGGAGGAGAUAGAGAAACUGGAGGAUGAAAACGAUGAACUAAAGACUGAGAUAGAGGAGAUGAGAGCGGAGAUGGACGAGAUGAGAGACACGUUCUACGAAGAGGACGCCUGUCAGCUGCAGGACAUGCGUCGUGAGCUGGAGCGAGCCAAUAAGAACUGCCGGAUUCUCCAGUACCGUCUGAGGAAGGCGGAGAGGAAGAGGAUGAGGUUCGCUCAGACCGGAGAGGUAGACGGAGAGCUACUGAGGGCCCUGGAGCAGGACUUGAAGGUAAAACGCUGUCUAGACUCUAGGAUAACUAACUUCCUGUAGCUCAGGACCUAAAGCACG